CAUAUGUAUCCAUCUUUAUCCAUCUCUCCCAAGUCCUUAUCCAAUGCACCCUUCUAUAUAAAUCUCAUCUGUUAUAAGAACAUUAGUCUCUUAAGAGUAUUGAUUGACACAAACUAAGCACCAACAUAUAUGUGGGAAGAUCUGUUGAUGAUAUAGUUCAAGAAAGGAUCAUCUCAUUUACUGAUUCUGAACGCUGUGUAACAUCAUUUGCAACCAACCUCCACCAUAGUUGAACUCAAAGCCUUAUAUAGAUGGAAAUUUCAUCCCUUCAAUUCCCAAAUUCCGAUUUCUUGCUUGACCAAUUUCGAAUAUGGGAAAUUGAAUCCGAGCUGAAUGAUCAUAGUCAUCAGAUACCAAGAAGUUCAUCAUCCUCAGAGACUAUUAAUUCCUCAAAAGGAAGUAACGACGAAGAGGUGACAUCAUAUUCCAUCAAGAGAAAAGACGCAAACCACAAAGAAGAAAAAGAUGAAGAAAAGCAUUAUAUAGGAGUUAGAAAGAGGCCAUGGGGAAAAUAUGCAGCAGAAAUAAGGGAUUCAACAAGAAAUGGAAUUAGGGUAUGGCUAGGGACAUUUGAUACUGCUGAAGAAGCUGCUUUAGCUUAUGAUCAAGCUGCAUUUUCAAUGCGUGGUCCUUUAGCACUUCUCAAUUUUCCAAUGGAAAAAGUCCAAAAAUCACUAGAAAAUAUUAAAAUUUUUAGCCAUGAUGGCUUGUCUCCAGCAGCUGCCUUGAAGGAAACACAUAAACUGAGAAUGAAAAAUGUGAAGAGAAGGAGAAAUAUAAAGAAGAAGAAAACAGUUCUGGUUUUUGAAGACUUGGGUGCUGACUUGUUAGAAGAACUUUUAAUAAAUUCAUCUGAAAAUACUGCUUCUACUUAAUAGUUAGUAGUAGUAGUAAAUUUGCUUUCACUGUUUUUCCCCCCACUUUUUGUGGUGUAGAACAUGCGUUGUAAUUAUAUACUUACAAGCUAUGGCGGAGGAAGGAUUUUAACAAAA